GAGGGUGGGGGGGGAACUGAACGACACCAACUGGGGGAAAGGGCACCAGAACUGGUGCGGAGCGCACAAGGCAGGAGAGACUGGGAAAUCGCCGCCGCCGCCGCCGCAGGCUGCUUUCAUUGCAUUUUCAUUUACUUUAAGAAACUACACAUUCCCUGCACGGAACCAAAGGGAAUUUGCAGCAAUUAAAAAGGAAGAAAAGAUUGGAGGCGAGGCAGGGAAGGCAAGAGGGAGGGAGGGAGGGAGGGAGCCACGCACAACAGGCGGAAGCCAAGGUCUGAAACUUCAAUUGAGAAGACAUGGAUGGUCAGAUGUUCGAAUCAAAUGAAGAGCGUACGUUUCAGUAUCAGGACUCGCUGCCUCCUUUACCUGUGCCCAACUUGUGCCAAAGCAUAACCAAGUAUUUGGAUUCAGUGAAACCAUUUUUGACUCAUGAGGAAUUGCAAACGACGACCCAGAUUGCCAAACGAUUUUUAAGUGGGCAGGGUGCAGAGCUGCAUGCAAAACUUCACAGUUGGGCCAAAGAUAAAAGAAACUGGCUCGAGGAAUGGUGGCUGAAUAGUGCAUAUCUGGACAACCGUGAACCAACAAUGCUGAACGUGAACUUCGCAGGGGCUGCUCCCUACUUGGAGCAUUACUGGGAACCAAAGGAAGGCACUCAGGUUGAAAGAGCUGCUCUCGUUGUCUAUUACACGGUGGUGUUUUGGCAGCUGAUCAGAAAACAGCAACUUGCGGUACACAAAAGUGGUGCUGCACCGUUCGACAUGGACCAGUUCCGUAUGCUGUACUGCACCUGCAGGAUACCCGGAGAGACCAGAGAUUCCAUUGUCAACUACUUUCAGACUGAGGAGGAAGGACCGUGUCCGUCCCACUUGAUCGUCCAAUGUCGGGGUCGAGUCUUUGUAUUUAACACAUUGGUUAAUGAACAAAUCUUGACACCACCAGAGAUUUUCAGACAGUUGACAUUCAUCAGGGAACUGUGUGGAAAGGAACCUGAAGGACCAGGUGUCUCAGCUCUGACUUCUGAAGCGCGAACAAAAUGGGCGAAGGCACGGGAGUAUUUGAUCAGCUUGGACCCCACAAAUGUGACUGUCCUGGAGCUAAUUCAGAACUCCUUGUUUGUGUUGUCAUUGGAUGAUACGAGUCCCAAUGUAUCACCUGAAGAUUAUUCUGAGAUCUGUGCUGCUUCCCUGACUGGAAACCCAACCGUACGCUGGGGUGACAAAUCCUAUAAUUGUCUCAGUUUCGCCAAUGGGACUUUUGGUUCAAACUGUGAUCAUUCCCCGUAUGAUGCCAUGGUCAUGGUUUCUUUGUGCUAUUAUAUUGACCUACAAGUCAAAAGCAUUGAAGGCAAGUGGCAGGGCUCAAAAGCAAUCCGUGACAUUCCUUUGCCCGAGGAGCUGAUUUUUGUAGUGGAUGAAAAGAUUCUCGAGGAUAUAGAACAAGCUAAACAACAGUACCAGAAACAGGUAUCUGAUAUCCAGAUUAUUAGUUAUGCCUUCACUGCCUUUGGAAAAUCUCUUAUCAAAAAAAGGCUCCAUCCAGAUAUCUUCGUACAGCUUGGGCUUCAGCUAGCUUACUAUAGACUUCAUGGACGACCUGGAGUUUGUUAUGAGACUGCAACAACCAGACGAUUCUACCACGGCCGAACUGAGACAAUGAGGCCCUGCACAAUGGAGGCAGUGGAAUGGUGCAAAGGGAUGCUGGAUCCUGAUGUUCCUCCUGAGAAACGCCUGGAGUUGUUUAUGAAAGCUGUUGGAAAGCACCAUGAACUAAUGACUGAAGCUCAGGUCGGUAAAGGCUUUGACCGCCACCUCCUGGGUCUUCUGCAAAUAGCUAAAGAGGAAGGUCUUCCGGUGCCUGAGCUUUAUACAGACAUUGGCUUUACUAGAAGUGGUGGUGGAGGGAACUUUGUCCUUUCAACUAGUCUUGUUGGAUACACUACAGUCCUAGGUGCUGUUGUUCCUAUGGUACGCAAUGGUUAUGGAUUCUUCUACCGGAUCCGAGAUGACAGGAUUGUGGUAGCUUGUUCAGCCUGGAAGUCCAGUCCAGAGACCAAUGCAGAAGAACUGUACAAGGCUGUCUCCCUGUCCUUCCAGGAAAUGGUGCAGAUGGUGUCAAAAUCCCAGCUUUAAGUAUUGACCACGCAGAAAGCAUUUUUGCAGAUAAUGAUUAAAAUGCUAAUUUCUUUCACAUUUGCACAGGUCUACUGGUUAACAACAUAUGAAAACCCUGUAAGUUUCUUCUGUGAAUUUUACUUCAAGGACUUGAAAAUAUAAUGGUUUCAUUGCAACAGCAAUGCAAAAUAUUAGAAAUAUUGGCACAUUACAAUGCAAGAUGUUUACAGUAACAAUGCAGACUUCAGGAACCAGAAGAGGCAGAGGGAAAGUAAAACGUUACAGCUAUUUGUCAUAUCGCUACUUAAAAUAGCUUUUUGUCCUUUCAGGUUUCUGGAAAAGUAAAAUGAACAAACUUUCUUUAACUCUUGACAAUUGUACAUUGUCAGUGUGUUUAUUCUCUGUAAACAUUCCUUAAAAAAUCUAAAAAAUUGAAACUAGGAAUCCGUUUGGAUUUUCAUGUCUCGUGGGGAGAAAGUUGAUACCUUCCUCUGUUUUUAACAUGUGUAAAUAUGAUUUUAGAAAUUAUAAUAUACAUUUGAUAUUUGCAGUAAAGAAUCAGUCUUUAUUAUUAAUCUUUCUAUUGUAUUAAUAGGCAAUUGAACAUAUUUGAUCUUUUCUGUGAUUACCAUUGGAUACGUGACUAGGUCUAACACUGGCAGGAAGUAAAUCUGACUAGUCAUGUGUUUAUGUUUCUGAAGGAAACAAACAUUUUGGCAUUGGGAGCUUGAUUGUUUCUUGAGUCUCCACAGGUCCUGUAGGUUUAUAAUUAUGGUUUUCUGGAAACAUUUUCCCACAAACUGUCUAUUGAUCACAUUUGAAGUUAUUAUUUAUGAAUUGAAGGAAAUGAGAAUCUACAUGCCAGCAGUACCUGACAGAUGGGUAACUGACCUGGGAGGAUGGAUAUCUGACCCUGUUGAAAUGUACACAUUGGUUUGGAUGAAGAAGGCCCUCUGGCCAAUCCAGUCUCAUCCUUCCAGAACACCCACUUCUGUCUACUCACACCACCACAGAAUGCUCAGACACUCACAGCUAUUUUUUAAGUGAAUCCGGUGUCCUGGCCUUGACCACUUUUCCUAGCAAUCUAUUACAGUCAUGAUUAUCUCUUAGGAAAGAAUUGGGUAACAUCGGGCUGUAAUUGGCGUUACACAAUAGCCCUUUUGAUGAUUCACAAUUAUGAUGGGGAAAUUCCUUAAGUGCCAAUGUAUUAUAAUAAUAUUAAUCCUAUUUGGUAUAGUGUCUAUCAUGUCG